CAUCCAAAGAGAGCAACAACACAAAAUCUUAUAGAUAAUUAAGAUCAAUUACUAUAAGAAUGAGGCCAAUUACAUUUCUCGUUGCGACAACUAUUGUUGCUCUCAUCUUGUCUACCACUGGAGCGAGCUUUGAUAGAUGGGAGCAGAUAAAGAACUUGAAGGAUGAGCACAUAAAAGAGAUUGCGGAGUUUGCAGUGCAGUAUAACAAUUUGAUAUAUAUCCGGUCGCUACAACUCCUAAAAGUGCAGAAAGGAAAAAUCCAACAGGUAGCUGGAAAGAACUACUUGCUUAUCGUGGCGGCGGUUACACCAGAAGAGGGACACAUGGUGCAUCUAUAUGAAACUCUUGUCCACGAGAGUAUUUCUAAUGCGAAGGAGCUGAUACUUUUUAGACCGUUUCGUGGAUCAACACCAACCAUAAAAAAUUAGUAGCUUUUAGUUUUGUGUUUGUCAAAUAAAAAUUAUUAAUAAUGGAGAGCUAUAAGCUUAUGUAAUUAUACAUUUUGCUCUUGCAAUUAAUUUCGUAGUUUUGUUCUGAUAAUUGAUAGAAUACAACUAUUGGCUUCUUCAUUUACAUUUAUUUGAUAAUUGAUAUUUAGCAAAAUGGUAACUAUAGAGAAAUCCCCUUUCAUGCAAUAAAUAUCUUUGAAAAGAGAAGCAUAAUUAGGGGGGGGGGGGGGGGGGGGGGGGGGGGGGGGGUUGCUCGAUAAGUGUAGGAAUCAACGCUUAGAGUUUUUUUUUUUGCCACGAUAUUGAAAGUUUUGAAAUACCUACACAACACAAAAUGGAACGAAACACGCAGAAAGGAAGACCAUAACACCUAAACCUCGUGCGGAUAGCCCUCCAUUACAUGCGACAGAUCCUUUGCAUUGACCAUCCGAAUGAACAUUUGCGUAUCAGCACAAAAACAAAACACGAGAAAACAAUAGAUGCAAACACCGAUGAAGAGCAUCUUGGAAGGUAAGAGCUCUAUGACGAAUGGGUCAUGAACUAAGUAUGUAGGUGUGAUUCUUAUGUGCAUUGGAAGAUUAUUCUUGUACGUACUGAUGGCAAUGGGUCGGGACGGGACGGGUACUGACGCUAUUACGGGUUGGGGCGGGUCGACUCAUUCUUAUAUGCUGUUUGAAAAAACUAAGCAAAAUUCUAAUGUUUACGAUAAAACGAAUGGGAAAAGACUUCAUGAAUGAUUAAUAGUGAUAAUAUAAUAGGCAAUUGAGUCUAUUUAGUUUAAAUAUGAAGUCUAACUAGUUAAUCUUGACCUAGAAUAGUCAAAAUAGGAGAUAUAUGAAUGGAUGGCGUAAGAAAUUAACCUAAAAAAAAGCCAAGAACGGGGCGGGACGGGGCAGGGCGGGUCGGGUCGGAAGUUGAUACUCAUAUCUCGCUACACGCUACUGCAAACACUGGCUUAUUCAUGAUCCUGAUAAGGCAUCUCACUAGGAGUACGAAGUACCAUAUACUCCAUAUGUACGUCAGUCUAGCAUAUGGUAACUUGUCUUAAAUCUCAAGUAAGAGUUAAUUGGACAAUUUUGAUCAAUCGUGUAGACUAAUUUGGUUCAUCAUAUAAGCAGUUAAAUGUGGACUGGUAUUCUUUCAGUGACUCAUAUUUGAUAAUUCAUAAGGAUCGACAUCUUCAAUACACUAGUUGACCAGUUCAAUUGAGAAUGCAUAUGUAUCAAUAAAAAAAACUAUAGUUGUGUUGCUAUAUGAUGAUAAAGAUGUUUAAGGUCA